GCUCCAGGCGGAAGUCCUUGUCUCGUUCACCUGUUGCUUGUUCAAACAGGAAGGAGAGAAGCUAGUUGUAUUGGAGAAGUUGUUUACAUUGAGCUGUUUAUUUAUAUAUAAGAUUAUUUGAUGGAUAAAUUAAAGAAAGUUCUAAGCGGACAGGACGGAAAUGAUGAUCUGAACGUGCUGCAGGGAGCUGAUGAGGCGAUCACGCUGGGAUGGGGAACACGUGUCAAGGCUUUUAUUGCUUGCUUUGUUUUAGGAGUCACCUGUUCCAUCCUGGGAUCGUGUUUGCUCUGGGUUCCUAGAAAAGGAAUCAUCUUGUUCGCCGUCUUUUACACCUUUGGAAACAUCGCCUCUCUCCUAAGCACGACUUUCUUGAUGGGUCCGUUGAAGCAGCUGAAAAAGAUGUUUGACAAGACGAGAGCGCUGGCAACAGCCGUCAUGAUUACAUGCCUCGUGUUGACACUUUGCUCUGCAUUCUGGUGGAAAAUCCCAGGCCUCGUCGUGCUUUUCUGCAUCCUCCAGUUCCUGGCUUUAACUUGGUACAGCUUGUCAUACAUUCCGUUUGCAAGGGACGCGCUGAUUAAGAUGUUCUCCAUGUGUUUCAAGUGAUGUGUAGUGGCGUGUGGAGCUCGGACCUCUCUCGCCCCACCGCACUCUCUCUCUCUCUCUCUCUCUCUCUCUCUCUCUCUCUCUCUCUUUCUCUCUCACACACACACACACUCACUCACACACACACACACACACACUCUCUCUCUCUCUCUCUCUCUCACACACACACACACACACACACACACACACACACACACACACACACACACACACACACACACACACACACUCUCUCUCCUGAUGCUGAUGUCGCUUCAGUUCUGCUCUGCCCUGAAUCCCCACUGCUAGUGCCCACUCGAGCGCCCACUCUACUACCUGACAGACACACACACGCUGCAGGUGUGCGUUUCCUCUCCUGAUGCCUGGGUGCUCUCCAGGAAUGUCUAUGAACACAUUCUUUUUUACAUGUCAGUGAAGGAAUCAAAUGACUGAGGUGCAUUAGGUAAAAAAAAAAUAUGGGGAAUAAUGGUUUCUAAUGGUUAAAAAGUUUGAAUAAGUUUUUUGUUUGUUUCGUUUUGUUUUUUGAGGAAAAAAAAUCCCAGCCCUGUUCACAAAACCUUCCAUUGUUUCAGUAAAAGUCAUUAAUAAGUCAUGACUUCUCAUUUAAGCACACUUGGAUCUUCGACUGCUUGAAAGCUGAAAGUUACAACAAGAUUAUGAGCAGCGAAAUUCUCAUACUGAUUAAUGAGGAUGUGAAGGGGCAAAGGGGGGCGAAUGUCUGUAAAAUGACUAAAAAGGGGCAAAUCCUAAUCCAAGCAGCACAGGAAGACAGGUUUCCACACUAUUCUAUGAAAAUGGUAGAUUUUUUUUGUUAAUCAUUUCUACAUAAUGUUCCUUUAAGUGAUGAGUUCAGUCAGAAAUUGCACUCGUGUGUCUCAAGAUGCCUUUUGAAUUUUCUGUUAUGCAAGAGAACAUUUUUAUAAAUAGUAUAAAGGUUGCUGUAUGACGUUUUUUUUUUAAUAAUAAUAACCUACCAGAUCUAUUUAUUCUUAAAUAAUCUAUUGUGUUUAAUUGUUAUGGUCAUAACAUUUGACAGUGCUAACUUAACCCCUAUUUAGGGAUUAGAUUAGAUUAGAUCAGAUUAGAUUAAGCCUAAUAAUUUUCUAAAUCUGGAUACUUAAGAUUGAAUGUAACAUUCUCAACCCUACAGCGGUUAGGGUGUAGUUUUUAUUAUUAUUAUUAUUAUUAUUAUUAUUAUUAUUAUUAUUAUUAUUAUUAUUAUUAUUAUUAUUAUUAAUAGUUUCUUGUAAUUUUUUCUUACUGACGCUCUGUUAUUUUCUCUGUUUACAUAAUUGAUUUUUGCUGGUACCAUUUCCUGUUGGACAUGUCCACCAAGCCCUUUACUGCCUUUUGUAAACACUUUUGUAACUGCUGGGAUUCCUGUGUGUGCUAUGAGACUGAUAUAUCUGUGAGAAGAAAAAAAAGGCCUGCAUUUUUGUUCUGCUGCUUGCACUUCAGACUGGAUUUCAAUCUCAGUAGAAAAUCCUGUCGUUUCUUCAGCAGCGUAGUAGUUUUUAAGCUCGACAGCUCUUGGAAUACUGGAUACAUCCUGCACAAGGACAUUUCUUUUCCUGCACUAUGAGCUGUCUUGGUAAAGAUGUCCAUGUCUCAUCAUUCUUCAUUACUUGUACAUUACAGAUGAGAGUCUGGGUUUUUCACUCUUUUUUUUCAACAGGGUAUCUUUUAUUCCAUGUUAUUUAAUUAUUAACCAUCUGUAUAUUGAAGCUCGUUUUCUGUGAAGAAGGAUACUAAAAUGUUUCCUCUGUUGCGUGUCAUGUGUCAUUUCCUAUACGUGUAACGUGUAACACGUCUUCAGCCUUCAUGAACAAAUCUAAUUAAAGUCUUGUUUAAAUCUGAA